AUGGAAGACGAGACUGAUGUCGAAAUGCUCUUCGGUGACGACGCCUGGGAACCUUCUGCCAGUGAAGAUGCUUCUUGCUCCGACGGUCCUCAACUCUGCCGCCCGGACAAGCAUCACGAUGUCAUUACGCAAAUCGAAGCAGUCUUCGAGACUGUAGCAGACGCUCUCCUCAACGAAAGAGCCGAUACCGCUGGAGUGAAGGGCCUUAUGGCUGGUGCCGCUGUGAUACAUCGACGAGACGGUUCAAAAAUCGACCUGACGAACGUGCAAAGCGGCAUUCUCGUGCCAAGUAUGGAAGAGGUCCUGUCCGUGGAUCUGGCCCGAGUCAGGUGGGUGCUUGUCAUUGAGAAAGAGGGCAAAGGAUAUCCAGAUAUAGCGACAAGAGCAGUGACCCGCUUCAUGACCGUAGCGUCGCCUCAAAACGGCUUUGCGGAACCUCCAGUCUUUGGUCUUGUAGACUACGACCCAGACGGCCUAGCGAUAUUACACAUAUACAAGCACGGUUCGAAAAAGAUGUCUGAAGAAAAUGCCGAAUUUGUCGUACCGAGAAUUGAGUGGCUGGGCCUACACAGUCGGGCGAUCACAGACGAAGACCAAACCCAUAGGCAUCAAGGACUGCUGACCUUGACACUGCGGGACCGUUACAAAGCAAAGAAGAUGCUCGAGUGGGAGCGGCACACCAGCUUUGACGAAGCGGCACACUGGCGUCGUGAACUGCAGGUGAUGUUGAUGCUUAAUCUGAAGGCAGAACUGCAGAUUCUUGAUUCUGAACCAUCUGGUCUGGUGAACAUGAUCAAGAUGGCUGCAUAUGACACGAGUUCUCUCUGA